AUGGACCUACAGAACUCACCUCUGGACGGCAACAAGACCACCCUGUUCACAGAUGGAUGCUGCUAUAGGUCAAAAGACCCAAAGGAAGGGAAUGUUGCUGCCUAUGCUGUGGUAAAGCAAGACAAGGAAGGAGAACACGAAGUUGUUGAAGCAAAAAGACUGAAUCCCAAUGAAAGUUCAGCACAACUAGCUGAACUUAGGGCAUUGAGGAGAGCUCUACAACUAAGUGAAGGAAAGAAUGUGGACAUCUACACAGACUCUGCCUAUGCACAUGGGAUUGCACACAUUGAUGGACCACAGUGGAUGAGGAGAGGAUUUGUGACCAGCUCAAAUGAGCCCAUCAAACACAAGGUUGAAGUACAGAAGUUAAUUGAUGCAAUCCAGCUUCCCAAACGAUGUAGCUUAGUUGAUAGAGCAUGGCGUUUGCAACGCCAGGGUUGUGGGUUCAAUUCCCACGGGGGGCCAGUGUGGGGAAAUAUGUAUUCACUAACUGUAAGUCGCUCUGGAUAAGAGCGUCUGCUAAAUGACUUAAAUGUAAAUGUAAAUGAUAGCAGAGAAAGCACCAGAGUGCGUGAAGGAAAUGAUCGGGCUGAUCAAGCAGCAAAGGAUGCAGGAGGAUACACUGCCCAGCAGAUGGUGCAACGAGCCACUCAAGGACAGGAGGAGUUGACGACAGACACAGUAAGACAGUUGCAAGAAGCAGCAGGCGCCUACGAACAGAACGUAUGGAGCAGACAGGGAGCAAGGCAAGACCAUCAUGGGAUUUGGAGAUCUCACACAGGAAAAACAGUGGGACCUGCAAAACUCCUCAGAUCAAUCUUAAGGGAAGAGCAUGAGAAGGCUCAUGGAGGAUGGAAAAGUGUCGCAAAAUCAGUUGAGAAAGCAUGGUGGCAUCCACACAUGUUGGACAUGGCAAGAGAGACAUCAGAGAGCUGUGAAGUGUGCAAACAAUACAACAACAAAGUGUCACUUGGAGCAGUGAUAGGCAGCUUCCCAAUACCUGACGCGCCAUUUCAAGACAUUUGCAUAGAUUUCACGGACAUGGGACAGGACAACAGAGUGGAAGGAAAAAGAUACCUGUUGGUAAUGGUUGACAGAUUCACCAGAUGGGUGGAAGCCAUCCCCACAGCAAGGGAAGACGCAAAGGCUGUGAUUAAAUGGCUGAGGAGGGACCUCAUUCCAAGGUUCGGGGUCCCGCGAAUGGUCCGUUCCGACAACGGUACCCAUUUCAAGAACAAACACCUGAGGGAGGUAGAGCAGGCCCUAGGAAUCACCCACAAGUUCGGGUCAGUAUACCACCCCCAAUCGCAGGGACUCGUAGAGAGAGCUAACCAAUCGCUGAAACGAAAAAUUGCCAAAAUCAUGGCCGGAACUAAAGUGGGUAGAUGCGCUGCCCCUAGCUCUAAUGUCAAUGAGAAACGCACCUGGGUCUGACACCCAUUUAACGCCCCAUGAGCUUAUGACAGGACGCAGAAUGCCAGGGCCACCAGCAGACAAUCUUAGUAUGCCUAGGCUAGAUAUUGCAAAAAUCAGAUACACAGACUACAUGCAAGCGCUAAUUUCUCUUGUUGAAAGAUUGUCUAAACAGGUGGUGGAAGUGCGCACUCCUGCUGUUGAAACCACGGACGAGAACAGAGACAUCCUGGUGGGAGAUUGGGUGAGAGUGAAGGUGCAUUCCAGAAAGUGGACGGAGCCAAGGUGGGAAGGGCCCUUCCGGGUAAAAGAGGUAUCAAGCCACUCGUUGCGGGUGAACACGAGCAAGAAAGACGUGUGGUACCACAGGACACACUGUGCCAAGGACAUAGUUCCAGGAAGGACUCUAGAUCAGGUACAACAGGACUUGGCAACAGAAGGGGAGUGAUGAUGAUGUUGUGGUUAGGAGUGGGGCUGGCCUUAUGGGGAACAGUAUUCUCAGCUCCCAAUCAGUACCAUAACAUAGUCAUUACCUUACAGGAAGGGGAAUCUCAAGUGAUGUCCCUAGAACCAUAUAAGAUCUGGUCAUGGAGGAAUAGGGCUAGUGGAAUUGGGGACACUGGUUGCAAUUGGAACCAGAAGGAAAACUGUAACAAAAUACAUCCCCAUGUGUUAAAGAGAGGUACUUAUCUGUGUGAGGGAAAGUGGUGUCCAUAUUGGGACUAUAUGAUCACAAAUGUUGGCACCUUCUGGGAAUGGCGUAGAGGCUAUCCGUAUGCAUUAGGAGAUGCUUCUAAAGCAGCUAGGUUUUCAAUGAUAAGGGGAGUACAGGGGUCAAAAGGGGGUGCAUGUAAAGGUGAUGAAAUCCUACUAACCAUCCAAGACAUUAAACUUACAGACGCAGGUGUGUACACCUUAGCAGCAGUACGAUCCGGACCAGACACCAUGGGUAUGUUCACCAUCGCAGUCACACCCAAACCUGCAGCUGGGGAGAGACAGACCCAGUUGGACCACACCCCCGCUCCAGGACCAGCUCAACUUCAACCCACUAGGGUACCAAACCCUGUUC